AUGAAGUUGAUUAGCAUUUUUGCAUUAUGUCAUGUUUGUGUGAUGAAGUGUUUGGCGAUGUCUACAAGCGAACUUGAGGAUUUUAGUAAUUUCUUAAAAGAGACGUCACAAUUGGAUCAAAGUGUUAAAAGCGGUAUUCCGGAUGACUAUGACGAUGAUGCACCCGUAUCUGACCAUGCUUGGGAAGAGAGCGGUAAAUUUGAAGGGGAUUUGAUCCUAAACGAAAGGCAGAGGAGGAUGAUAGUCAACAGUGUCGCAGAGGGACUUGCAAGAAAUGGAGUUUCAGAUACAACUAAACGUUGGCCCAACAAUGAAGUUAUUUAUUUUAUACAAGCAGAACAUUUCUCAAGCGACCAAUUGCAAGCAAUCCAGGAUGGCAUAGACGACUUAGCUCGUGCCUCUUGCGUUAAGUUUAGACCUUAUGUAAAAGGUGAUCGUGAUGCGGUAGUUAUACAGGGAAGUAGAAGAGGAUGUUUCUCGCAAGUAGGAUAUCAAGGAGGGUACCAAGUAUUGAAUUUGUCCAGUCGCCAUCCGGCGGGACGCGGGUGCUUCCGUCACGGUACUAUAGUGCAUGAAAUGCUGCAUACCUUGGGAUUCUAUCACAUGCAGAGCAGUUCCGAUCGGGACGAAUAUAUUGAUGUUAUAUGGGAAAAUAUAGUUAAAAAUGCGCGACACAACUUUCGCAAAUAUAAUUCCUUUGCGGUUUCCGACUUUGGCGUCGGCUACGACUAUGAUAGUGUUUUGCAUUAUAGUCGUAAGGCUUUCUCUUUGAAUGGUCAAGACACACUCGUUCCGAAACAGUUUGCUGCUGAAAUUGGUCAGAGAAUAGGCCUGUCAGACAAGGACACACAGAAAUUGAACAAGAUGUACUGCGAUGCCGACUCAGAAAAUCUAGCUGAUAGUGACUCAUCUGAAACACCAAAGAAAAAGAAAAAAACCAAAAACAAGCCAUUUGAAGGCCACGGCUUAGGUUACCAGCAAGGUAAAACAGUGGUUAUCAAAUUACCCAAGGCUGCCGAAGCAUAUCAAAUACAAGAUUCACCCCAAUUUUCUAUGUUUAAUUAUUUUAGUAAUACGCCGCAAGAUCUGCAACCAACGUUUGUUCAGGGAACUGGAGAUAGAGAAGAAGUAAUCAAGAAACUUUUCGAAUCUCCUAUUCCACCAACUAUAGAGGAAUACGGAAAAUCUUAUUUUGAUGUAAAUCCACAAGAUCUAUUAAAUGGUAGAGAACAUACAGCCAUAGAGCCCUAUACAGAUGACAAACAAAAUACUCCAAAAGAAAAGCCAUCGGAUGAACUUAAUGAAGAUUUAUCGAAUGCUUUUUAUAGAUUGUCACAAAUAAUAAAACCGCAAGACUUUUCAAAACCAACAAGAAAUGAGGAUGGCUUAAGAGAAGAGUACGGUCUUGAAAAGCAGCUUGUUAAAUAUGAUGAAGCCCCCUCUAAGUAUAAAGACGCAUUUACACAAAACUACUUUCCUAAGUCAAGUUCAAGCUAUAAUCCAUUAGUGAACAAAGAACAUGAUAGUUUUACUUUGUUCGGUCAUCACGUUCCACGAGUGGAGAAAUGGUACCACAAUGAUCAAUUUAACCAUAAACAUUACAGAGACAGACACCCAACGUUAGAUAUUUAUAGAUAA